UAAAUAUUAAACAAUAAAAAUUUACUGAGAAACUCGUCCACACCUGUCUCUGGCACGCGAAGAGAGAAAUCGGAGAUGUCAUCGCACACUAACGAUCCCCGUCAGCCAUCGGCGGCGAGACCCUACGUGGCACCGCAGAUUGCACCGCAGGAUCUGCCGAUCGAUUACGCCGGAUUCAUCGCCGUCAUAUUUGGCGUUGCCGGCGUUAUGUUUAGGUACAAACUGAGCUCCUGGCUGGCACUCAUAUUCUGCGCGCAAUCCGUAGCGAACAUGCGGAAUGUCGAGAACGAUCUCAAACAAGUUAUGAUGGCUAUGAUGUUUUCUCUAAUGGGAUUGAUAACAAACUACUUUGGACCUCCCAGACCCGUCAAACAAAGCUAAAAUCUCAAGAUUUUGAGCAAACGGGGUUUCAACAUCAAGGAUGUUCACACAUGUGAUGAAAUGUGUCUAUUAUGUAUUGUUUCUUUUAAUGAAAUUCAAUUUGUUAUUAGUCCUUGUAUUGUUAAUAUCAGUUGUAAUCAGUUUUAGUGUUGUAAGUUUGAGUUAUUAUCUAUUUGUGUGUUGUAAGUUUGAGUUAUUAUUAGUUCUGUUAUUUGUAAGUUUGAGUUUUUGUGUGUAGUCUCUUUGUUGUAAAUUUGAGUUGUUAUUAGUUUCUCUAUUAUCAAUUGGGGAUUUUGGUUGACGGACGAAAUUGCUUCAC